AUGGUGUUCAUCCUUCUCUUCUGCAAUUGCCGAGGCCCUUAUCUCCACCGCAUCUGUAGCUUCUCUCGCCUCUCCCAAUGGCCCCUUCGCUGCUCCUCCGGCUUGUCUUCAUCCCUCUGUCUCGCCACCGGAUCUCCAUCGUCGCCGGAGAAGCGGGCGUCGCCGAAUCACAAGCUGAGAUCUUCCUUCAUCCCGUCUCCGAUUCCCACCGAAGCACAAUUGAUCGAGUUCCUAGUGAAGAAUCAGAGGAAUCCGAAAAUGGCGCUGAAGCACUUGAAGCUGGGCGCAGAUCAAAGGCUAACCGGCAGGCAAUCCAGCGCCCGUGAGCUGUUAAGGCGUUCUCUUUUGAGCAAGUCUAGCCCCUCGCCGGCUGCUGUCGUCAACAGCCUUGUUGAAGCAUCCAAAAGGUGCAUUUCGGAUCCUCGCUCCUUUGGUUAUCUCUUGACUUGCUAUUCCCAUGCAGGAAAGGUCGAACAAGGUCUUGAGGCUUGGGAUUGUAUGCUUGAUCAUGGUGUAGUUCCCAGCGUCAGGUCAAGGAACGAUCUUUUGGUGGCGUUGGUGAGGUCGAAUUUAGUAGCAACUGCUCGAGAGGUUUAUCGAGUGAUAAAAGAGAAAGGAAUGGGUUUUGAUUGCCACACAAUCCAUAUAAUGAUGCAUGCUUGUUUAAAAGAUGGGAAGCCUGAUGAAGCUCUAGUUUUCUUUGGCCAUUUGAAAGACAUUGGUCUGGAACCUGAUUUGUGUGUCUAUGGCACUGCCAUUCAAUCUGUUUGCAGAAAACCUGAUUGCAGUAGAGCUUGUGAAUUGUUGAAUGAGAUGAAAGGUAGAGGGUUGGCGCCCACAGAAUUCAUGUAUACUUGUGUCAUUGGAGCAUGUGUGAAGCAAGGGAACCUAGAAGAGGCUUUGAAGCUGAAAGAUGAAUUGGUUGCGAGUGGAUGUCCUAUAAACCUUGUGUUGGCCACUAGUCUGAUGAAAGGACAUUGUGCUCAAGGAGAUCUCUGUAAUGCCAUCGAUUUGUAUAACGGUCUGAUUGAGAAAGGAAUUGUGCCAAACAGUAUUACAUAUUCAGUUUUACUUGACGGCUGCCAUAAAAAUGGGAAUUUGGAAAAAGCUUUUGAGCUUUAUUGUCAAAUGAAGCAGACAGCCUUUGCUCCAAAUGUCUUCCAAGUGAACUUGAUUCUACAAUGUUCCUUGAAAAAUAAUAAAUGGAAAGAGGCUCUUGGUGUGUUUAAUGAAGCUGUGAGCUCUGGUGUGGCCAAUGUUUUCACCUACAACAUUCUAAUGCACUGGUUCUUACAGGUGGGCAGAGUGAAGGAAGCUCGUGAGCUGUGGACCAAGAUGGAGGAUCAGGGGGUGGAACCUAACAUUGUUUCUUACAAUAAUUUGUUAUUUGUUCAUUGCAAGUGUGGGGAUAUGGAAUCGGCAGCUCAUCUGUUUGGUUUGAUGUCUGAGAAAUGCAUUAAACCGAAUGUCAUCACCUAUACCAUUCUGGCUGAUGGUUAUCUCAAGAAAGAGGAUUUUGAUCAAGCUUUUAAUCUUCUCAGUACAAUGUGCAGUUUGGGGAUUUAUUGUAAUGAUUACACAUUUAACGCUGUCAUAUAUGGCCUCAGCAAAGCAGGUCAGAUGUCUGAAGUGACCAGCAUGAUGCACAAGUUCAUAAAGGUUGGAUUUAUCCCUAGCUGUAUGACAUAUAAUAGUAUUAUUCAUGGGUUUAUAAAAGAAGGCAAGAUGAAUUCUGCAGUGGAAAUUUAUCAUGAGAUGGUCAGAGAUGGCAUAUCCCCAGAUGUGGUUACCUUCACCAAUUUCAUUGAUGGCUUCUGCAAACAGAAAAGUACUGAUCUUGCACUCAAGAUUCUCAGUAAAAUGAAAAGAUUGGGCAUCCAAAUGGAUAUUGCUAGUUAUAAUGCUCUUAUUGUUGGUCUAUGCAGUGAGGGUAACAUGAAGUCUGCUCUUUCACUCUUUGAUGAGCUUCCUAAAUUUGGGUUGGAACCAAAUGUGGUCAUAUUCAACAGCCUGAUUGCUGGGUAUAAAAAUAUGAAUAAUAUGGAAGCUGCAAUUGAGUUACACAGGAGAAUGUGCGUACAAGGGAUCCCUUGUGACAUUGCCACAUACACAACCUUGAUUGAUGGAUCACUAAAGAUUGGUGACCUAGUCUUUGCAUCAGAACUAUACUCAGAGAUGUUGGAGAAAGGAAUUGUUCCAGAUGAUAUAGCUUUUACUGCUUUGAUAAAUGGCCUUUGCAAUAAUGGAGACCUGGAAAAUGCUCGGAAGAUCUUAAAUGAAGUGGAUCAGAGGGUUUUGCGUCCUAGUGUUCUUAUAUAUAACAUGCUCAUAACUGGAUAUAUUAGGGAAGGUGACCUUCAGGAGGCAUUUCAGCUGCAUGAUGAAAUGCUUGACAGAGGCCUUAUGCCCAAUGAUGCGACAUAUGAUAUAUUUGUGAAUAUGAAACACAAAGACGGCCUUCAGGAGGCAUUUCGGCUGCAUGAUGAAAUGCUUGAUAGAGGCCUUGUGCCCAAUGACACAACAUAUGGAUAUUUUAGGGAAGAUGACCUUUGGGAGGCAUUUCGGCUGCAUAAUGAAAUGCUUGAUAAAGGCCUUGUGCCCAAUGACACAACAUAUGGAUGUUUUAGGGAAGAUGACCUUUGGGAGCAUUUCGGGUACAUGAUGAAAUGCUUGAUAGAGGCCUUGUGCCUAAUGACACAACAUAUGGAUAUUUUAGGGAAGAUGACCUUUGGGAGGCAUUUUGGCUGCAUGAUGAAAUGCUUGAUAGAGGCCUUGUGCCCAAUGACACAACAUAUGGGGAGGCAUUUCGGCCGCAUUGUGCCCAAUGACACAACAUAUGAUAUACUUUUGAGUAUAAAACAUGGUCGUGGCAAAUCCCAGCCAACCACACAGUUGACUUAUAGAAAGGUGCUGAUCUGCUUCCCUUGGCAUUUGGCAGGAUAUUAUGGGGAUAUGGGACGAUUUAAAAGUACAACGAUUGAUUUAGAUUAUCUGGAUAAAGAAAGAGUUAACUGGAAAAGAGAGAAGAGAGAGAGAGAGUACCUCUACGGUAAACAUUCUUCCUUGAGUUCUUCAGUUAAAUCUUUGUACUCAGAGUGGAGUGAAAGAGGCGAAGGAUCAAACUUAGGAAUUCUUCUAUUACUCAAGAGAAGGUUCAGAGGGGUCUGAAUUAUAUCCCAUGUUA